AUGGUCAGUUGCUACUCUGUCAUCGCCCAGACAGACAGAGAUGCAAAGAAGGUGCCACCCCAGGUGAAGGAGGCGGAGCCUGCCCAGGUGAAGCCAAAGGAGGUGGAGCCUGGCCAGAUUAAGCUAAAGGAGGCGGAGCUUGCCCAGGUGAAGAUGAAGGAGAGGCAGAAGUUCUUUGAAGAGGCAUUCCAGCAAGACAUGGAUCAGUAUCUGUCCACCGGCUACCUGCAGAUCAGUGAGAGGAGAGGGCCUUGCUGCUUAGGAAGCUUUUCGUCCAUGGAGGUGAACGUGGACAUGCUGGAGCAGAUGGACCUGUCUGACCAUGAGAGCCUUGACGUCUUCCUCCUCUCUGGGGGAGAGGACAACAACGCUGCCUCCCCCAUGCUAGCCUCAUAUAAGAUCUAG